ACACAAAACCGUAACUCUAUAUAAACACCAAACACCAUUUUCCGAAUAUCCACACUCAACACAUAAACAUGCCUCACUCACCACUUUGCUCCCUCCUAUUCCUCGCCUCAUUAUCUCUGGCCACCGCUGCAAACUUUGAGAUCGUCAACAACUGCCCCUACACGGUGUGGGCGGCGGCCAGCCCCGGCGGCGGGCGGCGCCUGGACCGCGGGCAGACGUGGAACCUGUGGGUGAACCCAGGCACUGCCAUGGCCCGCAUAUGGGGCCGCACCGGCUGCAACUUCGACGGCAGCGGGCGCGGGCGGUGCCAGACCGGUGACUGCACCGGCGGCCUGAACUGCCAGGGCUGGGGCGUCCCCCCGAACACCCUGGCGGAGUUCGCACUGAACCAAUACAACAACCUGGACUUCUACGACAUCUCCCUGGUGGAUGGUUUCAACAUCCCCAUGGACUUCUACCCCGUGAACGGCGGGUGUCACAGAAUCAGUUGCACCGCCGACAUUAAUGGGCAGUGCCCUGGCCCGUUAAGGGCCCAAGGUGGAUGCAACAAUCCCUGCACCGUGUUUAAGACGAACGAGUAUUGCUGUACCAAUGGGCAAGGAAGCUGUGGGCCCACUACCUACUCUAAGUUCUUCAAAGAAAGGUGCCGUGAUGCUUAUAGUUAUCCUCAGGAUGACCCUACGAGCACCUUCACUUGCCCUGCGGGUUCUAACUACAGGGUUCUCUUCUGUCCUCUCGGGGAACCUCUUCUUCCUCUUCACAUGCUUCCUAAUACUACCGCAAAUCGAUACUGAAGCAACAACCAUAGCUGAAAUGGAGUUUUCUUAAAACUUCGUUUUUUAUCAUCAAUAAACUUUCAUCUCUUCUACUGUCAUGAAAUUCACACAUGAAAUCUCUGUCACUCAACUUUCUAUCUUGAGCAAGUUUCUAUUGUGCCUGUGCAAUAAUACAGUAUAAUAGUGAUUUUCCUUGUCUUUUAAUGAUGAGAUUUAUAUGAUAAACAUUGGAUUUGAACGUGGUA